GGAUUGACUACAAGACGACCACCAUCCUGCUAGAUGGCCGGCGUGUCAAGCUGGAGCUCUGGGACACAUCGGGCCAGGGAAGGUUCUGUACCAUCUUCAGGUCCUACUCCAGGGGUGCACAGGGGAUCCUCCUGGUUUACGACAUCACCAAUCGUUGGUCUUUUGACGGUAUUGACCGGUGGAUCAAGGAGAUUGAUGAGCAUGCACCUGGGGUCCCCCGGAUCCUGGUUGGGAACCGGCUGCACCUGGCCUUCAAGCGUCAAGUCCCAACAGAGCAGGCCCGUGCCUACGCAGAAAAGAACUGCAUGACCUUUUUUGAAGUCAGCCCCCUGUGCAACUUCAACGUCAUUGAGUCCUUCACUGAGCUCUCCCGCAUCGUACUCAUGAGGCAUGGCAUGGAAAAGAUCUGGAGGCCCAAUCGAGUUUUCAGCUUGCAGGACCUCUGCUGCCGUGCCAUUGUCUCCUGCACACCAGUGCAUCUCAUCGACAAGCUUCCACUGCCAGUCACCAUCAAGAGCCACCUCAAGUCCUUCUCCAUGGCCAACGGCAUGAAUGCUGUCAUGAUGCAUGGGCGCUCCUACUCCCUGGCCAGUGGGGCUGGGGGCAGUGCCAGCAAGGGCAACAGUCUCAAGAGGUCCAAGUCCAUCCGUCCUCCCCAGAGCCCACCGCAGAACUGCUCUCGGAGCAACUGCAAGAUCUCCUAGCAGGGCUGACAGACAACACCUGUGCAGACUCCGGGGACUCAAACUGGGGCACUCCUGGCCAAGUGCUUGGGCCCUGCUCUAUGCAGGAAGACUUGGCCACACAGCCCUGCCUAGGAAGCUCAGGCUCCCACACCUGAGCUAAGUGGAAGGGAGGGUCCUGAAGGAGAGAACACACUCCAUAGACUGGGCAGAGGGGCUGCUGGUGCUAUGGGAGCAAGGUCUGAACCAACCCCGGAUUCCAGGGCUGCCUGGGCUCAGGCCGGGAGGGAGCCUGGCUUCCAUUUCUUAUUUAUAUGGAGAACAUUUCACCCAUUUUGUACAUUUUUAAGGGGCUGUCAGGGAAGCCUGGAUGCAGCCAUGUGGUGAGCUUGCCCCUGCACAGCCACAGAGGCUGUGGGGAGAGUUCUGUCAGGGAAGGAGGGGUUUGAGUCUGUGAUGGAAGGAGUCAGCCUGAAAACUGAAUGUUCCUUGGAUUUGUAUACUCUUUGCCUGGGGUGUCGGUGCUGUCAGAGGCCAGUGGGAAACAAUGGAGCAAGGCACUCUCCUACUUCUGGCAGCCAUAUUAGCCCCAGCCUCCAUUUCUGACUGAGGUAGUCACUAUGCUGGGCCACAGGUAAGGAUCUGGCUCCUGACAGCCCCUGGAUGUCAUCCCUGUGUAUCAGAGCUCAGGCAGUUCGUAGGAGAGAAGUGGGGUGCACCCAGGAGCCUGACCUCUGCUGCCCCUGGGGCCCUCCCCAUUGCCCUGAUGCUUUUGGUGAUGUUUACUACACAAACUCAGCCCAGCAUCUCCAGGUUGAGGGUGCAGAGUCAUCUGUAGACCUUAAGUACUUACUGGGCUGCAGUCUGCUGGCCCCCAGUAGGGCCCCUCUUUGCAGCCUCCUACCCUUGGCAGCUUGUGCUCAUCAACCUCAGCUACAGCUACUCCUUGCCUGUUGUGACCCUUCUGCCCAUGAGGUCACAUGUCACUGGAACCUCUUUGACUGGUUUCUUAGUAACACCACCUGGAACAGCAGCCUCAACCACACUGCGGACUACAGGAGUGGACACCAAGUCCCUCCUCGGGGACCCACCAGCCUAGCCCUUGUGCUGGAGCACAGCUAGGCUUUGUCACCGUGCCCUCUUGAAGCCAUGUACUGAUCUCCACAGUGCCCUUUCCUGCCCCUACUUGCCCGGGCAGCCCCCUCACUGGGGACGUUGUCCUCUGUAACCUCUUCCCUGCCCUGGUCUGGUGACACAGCCCUCAGUCGCACUGGUGCUCAACUCUACCUCCUGCCUUCAGGCCCGUGGCCACAGGAGGAGCCUUGACCCCUAACCAGGGACCUUCUUAGUGCACAUUUCCUGUGACUGUCUUGCCAUGGGUGUUACUGAGGCACCGGUGGAUGCACAGCACCCGGCCUGCUGUUCUGGGAGAUGAGUCAAUCUGCUGGGGAAAGGGCUGUGGCCCCUGGCUCUGAGGGUAGCCACCAUCUGGCUUCACCCUCUCCUGGUCCACCUGCCCUGUGGCUGCCAACAGAGCCCUUUUCUCUAGAAUCAUGAACGCAAUUGCACGAACUUUGUUUUGAGGCCCUAGACGGUCUUUUGUGCACAAUAUCAACACUACCCUCGCUGCUGUGGAUUCUACCAUUCCUGGGUUCUUUGUUCUUACUUUGUAUAGUAAACGUAUUUCAGCUGUGAUCUCUGUUUGGCUCAUGUAUGAAUUAGUCUCAGACUUCAGCUGCUCAUAAGCUGGGGGUGGGGGCAGGGGGGUGCUGCCAAAGGAGCCAGCACUGCUUUGUGCCUGCCAGACUGACCCCAGGCUUUGUUGACCCUUUGUCCCCUGUGCUUGACCUUGCUGACCUGCAGCCAUUCAUUGGGUUCACAUUUCCAACCGUGAGAGCUGAGGGUGGACUGGCAUGGCUA